AUGCCGACGAGAAGAGUUCAAGACAAGACGGGAGAACAGAUCAACGAAGGAGACUACGUGUAUACAAGGUAUCGUGGAGGAACCCACGAGGGAGAAGUUGACAAGGUCGUUACGGACGAGGCUGAAGCACAUGAAGAAGAGGUAGCCAAUCCACCCAAAGUAAGCAAGUCCCCGCAGACCAGACUCGAGGCAUCGAGCACAUGCGGCUGA